GCCCUAGCCGUCUUCUUUUCUUCGACUCGAACAUCAAAAACCAUGUUGUUCAGCCUCGCCACCGCCACUCUCCUCGCGACCAUAGCGCGCGCCUCCGUCCCCAUCCCCGCUCUCCUCAACCGCCAAGACUCUGGCCUGUUGCCUCUCGGACAGAACUGUACGGCGAACGCGGAGUGUCAGAGCGAGAAGUGUUGGCCGGUUAGUUGGUAUUAUGGACAGACGGUGUGUUCGCCUAGUCCGGCGGGCGUGGCUUGUACGGAUGGGUCGACUUGUAUCAGCGGGGUAUGUACGAGUGACGGUGUAUGCGACAAGAAUACGGGGACGUCGUUCAGUGAGAACGGGAAGGAUGGGCCGUUGUGUUAUACGUCGAGUGAUUGUUAUGGGGACAACUGUAUCGCUCCUUUCCUCGGCGGAGGUCAAAACACCCAGUGUUUCCCAACUCACGUCGGAAACUACUGCGACGACCUCACCGGCUGCGUCUCAGGGAACUGCGUCAACGCGACCUGCCAGCCAGGAAAUCACGCAGGUGCUGCUUGCUUCUUCUCAGACGCAAACGCUUGCGAUGCUCCGUUCAAGUGCGAUGUCGUCGCUAUGAGCAGUCCGACGGGGGAUUGUAUCCAGAGCCUCUAGAGGUUCUGGGUUCGUCGAAGUGGCACGGCGUAUUGGGUGUCGUCCGAGACAGUUGGGAAUCCUGAAUCUGCUUCUUGGGCCUUUCAUUUGGUUCUGUCGUUUGUUUGGGUUCGCUGAUAGGGUAUAUAAUCUACAGUGAUUUCUAAAAAGAUACUCUUUUUC